AUGAAAAAGGCAAAAACAGCAAGAAAUCCAAUACCAACAAUUCAAUCAACAAUGGAUCCUAUUACAGAGAAGAGGCUUUUAGGGAAUUUAAAGCCUCCAAGUCGAAAUUAUUCAACAUCAUCUCAACCAAAGCGUAUAGAGAGAGUAGAAUUGAAAUUACAGCCUCCACCACAGGCAGCAGAAAAUCUUUCAAAGCUUUCAUCAAUUCAACAAUUUCAAAAUGACUUCAUCAUUUUAGAUAACGAUGCUCAAAAGCUACAUCAAAUAUCCUCGCCUAAGGACUGCGAGAAAAUGUUUGAUGCUGUUGCAGAAAUUAAGGAUUCAAUGCCAAUUUUUAAAAGCCACUGCAAGAAAAUUGCAAAACAAAAGAAAUUAAAUGCUGAAGUAAGUCAAAUAUCAUUCAACUUCUACAAAGACUAUUCUGAGCAAUUUGAUAUAUUUGUUCAGAGAAUGAAUGCUUUUGGAGAUCAAAUCCAUAAUAUUUAUACACAUGAAAUUAUCGCGCUUUUUCAAGCAAUGGAUACGUCUGUUAGUACUAUAUUUGAUGCAUGUAAUAGAGACCCGGCUGCAAGAUCUCUCUUACUACAAUAUCGUAAAUACUGUGACGAUUCGAUGAAAAAUGUUGAUCAAACACUAGUGGACUAUCUUGAAGAUACAACUUUUACUGCUUUUACAUCUGAAGAAAUUGAUCGCAUUGCAGAAACCGCCAAAACUUUUGGAAGAUUUUUCGAAAGAGAUUUAUACCCAGCCCUUCGUCAGUGCAUCCCAACUAACGAACAAUUACCAGAUGCAAUUCAAAAGUUUCACAAGAGUUAUGUCCAACUCAUUCCUUUAAUCACAGGAGCACCAACGUUUGUCGAACUUUAUUCUCAAGUAUUGAAAGACUUAGAUGUAUUGAAAAAGGAUAUGUCUGUAGUACGAAAAGAAGUUGGUGAUGAACGUAUUCUUAAAAAAGAGACAAGGGUUGAAAUAAUUCAAAACGAAUCUGAGAACAAUGAUGAAGAUAAAGAUGAUUUUCAUCCCGCUCUAAGAGCAUUGGCUGCUUAUUUCAAUACUACAAUUAAUGAAGAUCAAAAAGUUUCUGAUAUUUUAGAUGAAAUACAGACAGCAGCGCGAAAGACUGUUAAUGAAUUGAAAUCUACAAUUACAAGGCUGCAAAAUGAAAUGGAAAGACCUGAAGGCGUUCCAAAAGACUUAUAUAAAAAGCAACUAACUGAUAUUAGAGAAUUCAAAAAAGAAUUGGAACAAAAAGUUAAUAAUGAAACAGAUAGUUUUUGUAGAAGUAUCAUUUACUCCAUUAAGAGUAUGAUAUCAGAUGCCAAAAUUGAUACCAAUAUUAGCUAUGUACGUCAGAUACAAUAUAUUACUAAUGAGUUAAGAAAUACAAUAAGCAAAAACAAUGAAAAUGCUGCAAAGUAUCAAGUUGAAAUAGAGAAUUCUAAAGAAUUUUUAAAGAAAAUAGGCCCAAUUGAUGAAAAUCUCCCGUUGGAUAAAAUGUUAAAGAACUCGUUUGCACAAGCAAUGAACAAUGAGAAAAAUGCCAAGGAGCAGUUGAAAUUGAUUCAAUAUGAACAGCAGAAACUAAGAAGCGAUUUAAUGAAUUUCAUUUGUUCUGCAUUUGUUAUUGAUGAGGCAGAUAUCAGCGAUCAGAGUCUAAAAGAACUUUUUAUUACCAUUCAGCAAGAAAUCAACCGAAAUACCAAUGAAAUCAAGCGUGCAAGAGAUAAUUCCGCUCAAGUCUUAGAAGUUUAUAAGAUAUCUAGGGACAAGAUUGCUAAAAUGCUCAAUAUUGAAUGUACUGGAUUUAAUGUUGAAGAAGUUGAAUCUGAUUUUUCAAAACUUGAAAAUCAACUUCAAAUUAAGUUAUCAAAUGAAGUUAUUUUCCAACAAAAUAUAUAUGUCUUCAUCAAGAAGGUUGUUGAUGCUUUAUCACUCAGUGUUUCAAUUACAGACCCGACUAGAGAAGAACUAAAUAAUUCAAUGGCUGCAAUCAUUAAGAAGAUCGAAAAUGACCAUGAUACCUCAAUCAAAAUUCUUAACAAUCAGCCUGAUAAAGGAUUGUUUAAGCUACCUGCUCUCUGUUAUAAGUAUUUCUUGCAAUUAUUCAGCUUAAUAACAGGCGAAAAACUUAAAGCUGAUCAGAACUUAGAUUUGAAGUCUAUGUUCGAAACAUCUUUGAAAAGAUUCACGGAGAUCAAAUCAGAAAAUAUUAGAGACAUCUUUGGUGAUUUAAUCAAUACUGAGAAAUAUAUAACAAAUAGAACCGCUGUGAUUCAAAGGUUGCAUGAUGAUGUCCAAGAUGCAAGAAUUAUGAAAGAGCAACUUGCGAAGCUCCAUCAAAUUAUCGAUUCAAUUACAAUUCAGCUGAAGAAUGAAGAAAUGGUGUUCAUUCCAGGAACUAAGCAGCUUGAAGCUCUUGCAUCUAUAUCUGCUUCUUUACUUGUACUCCGAAAUGAAAAAGAAGUUGAAUCAAAUAAUGUUAUUCAAAGUGUAGCGGAUAUGAAUAACACUCUCUGUGAACUCAUUUCAGCAGGAAAGUUUUCACCAGAGAGAACUAGAUCUUUGCUGAUUUAUCAAAAUGAGCUCAAAGAAAUGAUUGAGCAGAUGAGGAAUGGCAAUACUAAAUAUUAA